AUGGCACGGCACGGCGCCAGCCUGCUGCUGCUGCUGCUCGGCAUGAUGCCAGCUCUCCUGGUGGCCGUCAGGAUCAACGGCAAGGGCCGCGAGGUUCUGUACCUGGCCAAGGGCGACUCGGUCAAGCUGGGCUGUCCGUAUGUCCUGGAGCCCGAGGACAACGGACCCCAGGGCGUGGGCAUCGAGUGGAUCCAGAUCAGCCCCGAGAGACCCAGCCCCGAGAACGUGUUCCUGUCCUACCAGGACCACCACGUGAACUAUGGCAGCUCGGGGCUGCAGGACCGCGUGGCCUUCGUGCAGACGGACCCGGGCCAGCGCGACGCCUCCAUCCGCGUGGCCGACCUGCAGGAGAGCGACACCGGCACCUACCAGUGCCGCGUCAAGAAGAACACGGUGGCCGUGCACGAGGUCAUCGUCACCGUGCAAGGUGGCCCUGACAGUGCCCCGUGUCCCCCCGCCCCAGCAGAGAAGCCGGCGGCCCCGCAGUGCUGGAGCGAGGGGGAGCUGAUCGAGGGGGGGUCGGUGCUGCUGCGCUGCUUCAGCCGGGGGGGCACCGCGCCCCUCUCGUACCAGUGGGCAAAGCUGGCAGAGGGCUACGGCGGGGGGCGCCUGCCCGCGGGCACCCUGCAAGGCCGUGCCCCCGGUGACCUCCUGAUCCGCAGCCUGACCGUCGGCCACGCUGGCACCUACCAGUGCCGUGUCACCAACCGCGUGGGCUACUCGGUGUGCCAGCUGAACCUGAGCCCCGGGCCACGGGCUGGCAGUGACCGCCGUGUCCCCGUGCCAGGCGGGCGCCAGGCUGGCAUCAUCGUGGGCUCCAUCCUGGGCUCGCUGCUCCUGCUCAGCCUCCUGGGGCUGCUCAUCUGGGCACUGAUCGCCCGCUACCAGCGCAAGGAGUGCCAGCGCGCCUGCAGCGACUGCCGGAGCAGCACGGGUGGCACCAUGCCCCGGCCGUGCGCCGCCUGUGCCCACCACUCGUACUCCCCGCAUGGCAUCAGCUACAUGCAGUGCCAGCACGGCGACGGCGACGAGCGCGCGGCCGCGCUGCUCUGCAACGAGGGCAUGCGACACCAGGUCACCUGUCCCGCGCUGUGA